GCAAGCACGACGCGCAAGGCAAGACCAAGACUCCCAUAUACUUGCGCUGCGGCAGAGUCAACCCCUGCGCUGCAGCAGCUGAGGAACAACAAAAGGGGUCUUUCCGGAGAAGUAAUAACAGCAGGGAUUCCAAGAUGAAAUCUGAAGCAGCCACCUUGAUAUUGGUCAAUUUAGCUGCUAUAAUGGAGAGGGCCGACGAGUCCCUGUUGCCCGGAGUCUAUAAGGAGCUUGGGGCGGCUCUCCACACCGAUCCCACUGGCUUGGGUUCCCUUACUCUCUUCAGAUCUAUGGUUCAGUCUUCUUGUUACCCAUUAGCCGCUUACUUAGCCGUCCAUCACAACCGUGCCCAUGUCAUCGCUCUUGGUGCCUUCCUCUGGGCCGCCGCCACUUUCCUCGUCGCCCUUUCCUCCACAUUCUUACAGGUGGCAAUUUCCAGAGGUUUAAAUGGAAUUGGUCUUGCCAUUGUGAUACCUGCCAUUCAGUCUCUUGUUGCUGACUCGACCGACGAAAGCAACCGUGGCUUGGCUUUCGGAUGGCUACAACUAACAGGAAACCUUGGUUCCAUCAUUGGUGGGCUUAGUUCUGUAUUAAUAGCCUCCACAUCUUUCAUGGGGAUCCCGGGAUGGAGAAUUGCCUUUCAUCUAGUUGGACUGAUAAGUGUCUUAGUUGGUCUUCUAGUAUGGCUUUUUGCUAAUGAUCCACGCUUUUCUGAGAUUGAUGGAAGAGUUAAGGAUCAAUCACGAAAGCCAUUCUGGUCAGAAUUGAAGGAUCUAAUAAAAGAAUCAAAGUCAGUUCUAGGAAUCCAAUCCUUCCAGAUAAUUGUAGCUCAAGGGGUUGCAGGGUCAUUUCCAUGGUCCUCUUUGUCAUUUGCUCCUAUGUGGCUUGAACUCAUAGGCUUUUCUCACGAGAAAACAGCAUUCCUAUGGACUCUCUUCAUAGUUGCUAGUUCACUUGGUGGUCUUUUCGGAGGAAGAAUGGGGGAUAUCUUUGCAAAACGCUUUCCUAAUUCAGGAAGAAUAGUUCUAUCUCAGAUAAGCUCAGGCUCUGCCAUCCCUCUUGCAGCAAUUUUGCUCCUGGUCUUGCCCGACGAUCCAUCCACAGCAUUCUUGCAUGGACUGGUCUUGUUCAUAAUGGGUUUGAGCAUCUCAUGGAAUGGCCCAGCAACUAACAAUCCAAUAUUUGCAGAAAUAGUCCCCGAGAAGUCCCGCACGAGCAUCUAUGCUUUAGAUCGAUCAUUCGAGUCGGUACUAUCGUCCUUUGCUCCACCUGUUGUUGGAGUUCUGGCUCAGCAUGUUUAUGGAUAUAAACCAGUUGUCAGAGGAUCAUCGGACUCUGUCCAGAUUGAAACUGAUAGAGAGAAUGCAAAAUCACUAGCCAGGGCACUCUACACAGCCAUUGGCAUUCCAAUGUCACUGUGCUGUUUUAUCUACUCUUUCUUAUACCGCUCGUAUCCAAGAGACCGAGAGCGUGCAAGAAUGCAUGCCCUGAUAGAAUCUGAAAUGCUGCAGCUUGAGGCAAGCAAUUUGCCUUUCCAUGAAGGGGACAGUCGGUUUCUGAUUUCAGAGGCUAAAGAUCUUAACAAUAAGGAUCAAACGGAGAUUGACCUAAUGUAUGGAGUUGAAGACAGUCUUGAUUUAAACGACAAUGAUGAAAAACAUCUUCUUCAACACCAGCUAACAUUUUCUGAUUUGAAAUGAUAACUUACAGCAAAUAACUUUCGAGAUCGUCGGCGAAAUUUUGAUCAACAUGAUCCAUUCCAAAGCAGCAUUUGAGUUCAUCUCCUUUGGAACUUUAUACGAAAUAUAAUUUGUGUAAUUAUGCUUA